AGGGAGCGAGGGAGCGAAGGAGGGAGGGCGGACGGACAGACUGACGGGGAGGGCCGGCGGGCGAGCAAGAUGGCGCAGACUCAGGGCACCAAAAGGAAAGUCUGUUACUACUACGACGGUGAUGUUGGAAAUUACUAUUAUGGACAAGGCCACCCAAUGAAGCCUCACCGAAUCCGCAUGACUCAUAAUUUGCUGCUCAACUAUGGUCUGUACCGAAAAAUGGAAAUCUAUCGCCCUCACAAGGCCAAUGCUGAGGAGAUGACCAAGUACCACAGUGAUGACUACAUUAAAUUCUUGCGCUCUAUUCGUCCAGAUAACAUGUCUGAGUACAGCAAGCAAAUGCAGAGAUUCAAUGUUGGUGAGGACUGUCCAGUAUUUGAUGGCCUGUUUGAGUUCUGUCAGCUGUCUACUGGAGGCUCUGUGGCAAGUGCUGUGAAACUUAAUAAGCAGCAGACGGACAUUGCAGUGAAUUGGGCUGGGGGCCUGCAUCAUGCAAAGAAGUCUGAGGCAUCUGGCUUCUGUUACGUCAAUGAUAUCGUCUUGGCCAUCCUGGAACUGCUAAAGUACCAUCAGAGAGUGCUGUAUAUUGACAUUGAUAUUCAUCACGGCGAUGGCGUGGAAGAGGCCUUUUAUACCACAGACCGUGUCAUGACUGUGUCCUUUCAUAAAUACGGAGAGUACUUCCCAGGAACUGGGGACCUACGGGAUAUUGGGGCUGGCAAAGGGAAGUACUAUGCUGUUAACUACCCGCUCCGAGAUGGGAUUGAUGACGAGUCCUAUGAGGCCAUUUUCAAGCCGGUCAUGUCCAAAGUAAUGGAAAUGUUCCAGCCAAGUGCAGUGGUCUUGCAGUGUGGCUCAGACUCCCUGUCUGGGGAUCGGUUAGGUUGCUUCAAUCUGACCAUCAAAGGGCAUGCCAAGUGUGUGGAAUUUGUCAAGAGCUUCAACCUGCCUAUGCUGAUGCUGGGAGGUGGUGGUUAUACCAUUCGUAAUGUUGCCCGGUGCUGGACAUACGAGACAGCUGUGGCUCUGGACACUGAGAUUCCUAAUGAGCUGCCGUACAAUGACUACUUUGAAUACUUUGGACCAGAUUUCAAACUUCACAUCAGUCCUUCUAAUAUGACCAACCAGAACACUAACGAAUACCUGGAAAAGAUCAAACAGAGGCUCUUUGAGAACUUGAGAAUGCUGCCCCAUGCACCUGGGGUCCAAAUGCAGGCAAUUCCUGAGGAUGCCAUCCCAGAAGAGAGUGGAGAUGAGGAUGAAGAUGACCCUGACAAACGCAUCUCAAUCUGUUCCUCUGACAAACGAAUUGCCUGUGAGGAAGAAUUCUCUGAUUCCGAUGAGGAGGGAGAAGGUGGUCGAAAGAACUCUUCCAAUUUCAAAAAAGCGAAGAGAGUCAAAACAGAAGAUGACAAAGAAAAAGACCUAGAAGAAAAGAAAGAAGUCACAGAAGAGGAGAAAACCAAGGAGGAGAAGCCAGAAGUCAAAGGGGUCAAAGAGGAGACCAAGCUGGCCUGAGCAGACUUCUCUAGCUCUGGCUUCUUGCCAGAUCCCCCCAUCCCUCAAAUUUUAUAUUUUCUAUUCCUCUAUUUAUAAAAAUAUAUAUAUUAAAUAUAAAUGUCCCCAGGGACCAGAACCCAGGGCAACAGUACUGGGUGAGCUCUUCCAGCAGCUGCCUUGGCCACCCCUACCCCAAGUCUUAAUUCUAAACCAUGACGGGUCUAGGUCUAGGUGGAAGGGAUACAACCUGAAGGCAAAAUCCUGAAAACACCAAGUGCCUGUUUAGGAGCUUUGGGAAGAUUCCCUUAUUAAGCUUUCUAGAAGGGGUGGCUGGUUCUUCUGGGAUUCCUGUUCUUUUCAGGCAAGGUAAACAGCUAUUUUUAGAUUGGUUCUGCUCUUGUAUCUUCUCGGGUGAGACAAACUCACACUGCCCUCUUUCCCCAAUUCUGCAGGUGGAGGGUGGUAGUCUAGCUUACUUUUUGAGAUAGUUUCAUUUUGUGAUGCUCUUUAUAAUAAAAUACAUUUCAAUAUC